UUUCUUUUUUUGCCAUCCCCUGUGUGUGCUCUAUAAGAGCCUUGCUGAGUCCACUGUCUUUUCAUCACCGACUCUCACCAUCUUCUUGCGUGGAAAGAAGUGCUGGUGGUGUUUCAGAGAGAAAGAAUGGCAACCAUCACCAUUCCUCACCCUGUUCCUCCACCAACAGAGGACGCUGAGAGGCUCAAGAAGGCCUUCCAAGGGUGGGGCACGGAUGAGAAGGCCGUCAUAUCUGUCUUGGCUCACAGGAACGCUGCUCAACGCAACGCUAUCAGACAGGCUUACCAAGAACUGUAUGGUGAGGAUCUCAUCAAACGUCUGGAGAAAGAAUUAUCUGGCGACUUCGAGAGAGCUGUUUAUCGAUGGAUGCAUGAUCCGGUCGAGAGAGAGGCGAUCAUAGCGAAUGUGGCAGUCAAGAAGGAGAUAGAUUACAGGGUCAUAGUGGAGUUGGCUGCCGCUCGAUCCUCAAAUGAACUCUUGGCGAUAAGGCAGGCCUACCAUGCUCGUUACAAGUGUUCUCUUGAAGAGGAUGUUGCUGCUCACUCUCAUGGCGAUCUUCGCAAGCUUCUUGUAGGACUUGUCACUGCGUAUAGGUAUGAAGGUCCAGAAGUGGAUGCAAACCUUGCAAAAUCUGAGUCGAAGACCCUCAGGACUGCUAUUGAUGGCAAGGCAUACAACCAUGAAGAGGUCAUCCGUAUCUUGACAACCAGGAGCAAAGCACAGCUCAGAGCUACCUUUAACAGAUACAAAGAUGACUACAACAAUUUUAUCACUAAGGAUCUGAAGGCCACCGCUGAUGAAUUUCUUUCAGCAUUGCGAGCAGUGAUCAGAUCCAUCUAUGCUCCUCACAACUAUUAUGAAAAGGUACUGCGACUGUCGGUGAACAAGGGGACUGAUGAAGAUGCUUUGACUCGAGUGAUUGUCACACGCGCUGAGUUCGACCUCAAGAAUAUACAGGAAGAGUAUUUCAAUAGGAGCAGCAUCACCCUCGAUCAGGUGGUUUCUAAGAAGACUUCUGGUGAUUACAGGGAAUUCCUCCUUGCCUUGCUGGGUACCGGGAAAUACUAGAGCCGAGGAACCGUCACCGUGGUCGUCUGUUUGAUGCACUCUUUAGUUCUGUGUGUUGCUUUUUGUGGGAAGUCUUGAUGGCUUCGGAUGUUAUAAGUGAAUAAUGUUGAACUCUAUGAGGUGUGCUUUUUCAUAUGAGAUAAUGCAGAGACUCGUGUGUGGUUCAUCUUAAAAA